UUGGCAACACUGCAAAAAGUGAACCCAUGACGCUACUUUGAAAAAGUGUAUUUACACUUUAUAUAUAAUUUUUUAUAUCUAUUUCCUAUACAAAUAGUCAUAUGAGAAAUAAAAAAUAAAGUAAUUAAUUAGUUGAAAGGGAAAAAAGCAAUAAGUACUGUUACCGUUUCGAAUAUCCCGCUCGUGUAGUGUGUUAUGGCUGCUGGUAAGUUGUUUCGGUUUUCGACAACAGUGUGACCCCGAUGAGGGGCUAUGUGAAUAAUUUCUUCUGCAAAACAAUCGCAAUUUGUUAAAUUAUGGAAGGUAAUGGAGAAGUUCAAUGGUGUUUCUCUCAAGUUAAGGGGACCUUAGAUGAUGACGUAACCGAAGCAGAUAUAAUAUCAUGUGUGGAGUUCAACCACGAUGGCGAACUCCUUGCCACUGGAGACAAAGGAGGCAGAGUAGUUAUUUUCCAACGUGAUCCCGUCUCAAAAACUGUUCUUCCAAAACGUGGAGAAUAUAAUGUUUACUCCACAUUUCAAUCACAUGAGCCAGAGUUUGAUUAUUUAAAAAGUUUAGAAAUAGAAGAAAAAAUCAAUAAAAUCAGGUGGUUGAGGCGUAAGAACCCAUCUCACUUCUUAUUGUCCACUAAUGAUAAAACUAUAAAAUUGUGGAAGGUUUCAGAAAGAGACAAAAGAGUAGAAGGGUACAACACCAAAUCAGAAACCGGUAGCCUUGUUGAUCCUACUAGCGUUAGUGCUUUAAGAGUUCCAGUAAUAAAACCAAUGGAGUUAAUGGUUGAAGCGUCACCAAGACGUAUAUUCGCGAACGCACACACCUACCACAUAAAUUCAAUUUCCGUCAACUCGGAUCAGGAGACAUACCUAUCAGCAGACGACCUGCGGAUAAAUCUGUGGCAUCUGGAAAUAACCGAUCAAAGUUUUAACAUCGUCGAUAUUAAACCAACAAAUAUGGAGGAACUCACCGAGGUCAUAACGGCGGCAGAGUUUCAUCCGACGGAAUGUAAUUUGUUCGUUUAUAGUAGCAGUAAAGGAACAAUUAGGUUAUGUGAUAUGAGAGCUGCUGCUCUCUGUGAUAGACAUUCAAAGUUAUUCGAAGAACCGGAAGAUCCGACUAAUAGGAGUUUCUUUUCUGAAAUUAUUUCUAGUAUCUCAGACGUGAAGUUGUCAAAUAACGGGAGAUACAUGAUUUCUAGGGACUAUCUUUCUGUUAAAGUGUGGGAUCUGCAUAUGGAGACCAGACCGAUUGAGACUUAUCCAGUACAUGAAUAUUUGCGAGCCAAACUGUGUUCUUUGUAUGAGAACGAUUGCAUUUUCGAUAAAUUCGAGUGUUGUUGGAAUGGCAACGACUCAGCCAUAAUGACAGGAUCAUACAACAACUUCUUCCGGAUGUUCGACAGAUCGACAAAACGCGAGUUGACAUUGGAAGCGUCUCGCGACGUUGCCAAGCCGCGCACCGUCUUGAAACUUAGGAAGGUCUGUUCGCAGGGCAAGAGGAAAAAAGACGAGAUUAGCGUGGACUGCUUAGAUUUUAACAAAAAAAUAUUGCACACGGCAUGGCAUCCCGCUGAAAACAUUAUAGCUGUGGCAGCGACUAAUAACUUAUUUUUAUUCCAGGAUAAGUACUAGGAUAAUUUUUAAUAAAGUUAAUGAAAAUAUGUUUUUCAUCACGGUUUUUACAGUAAUUUUUCGCUGGUGUCAGCGGUCCAUGUUUUGCAACAAAACUGGUUGAAUGUGCGAUAUCCGGGAUUGUUUAUUAUGUGAAUUCAGAUAUUGAAUAUGAUUAUUUUUGUAACGCCAUUUAACACUUUAAGAGUGAUGUUCAAUUAUAGUCCAGGGCGCAUCUGUUUUGAGAUGGACGUUGAGAGGUGACUCAAAUUUUUUUGCUGAAAUUGCUUAAAAAUAACUCAAAUAAUAAUAAUUCAGUUAUCCUCCCACUCAAAAUGGUCCGGAACAUUGUUUAAAUAAUCAAAAUGUCAAAAUAUGAAGGAAAAAUUCGAUUUUUUUAUUGGUUUUUUGACUAUAACUUUAAAACUAUUCAUUUUUGAGAAAAGUUGUACUGACAUAAAAGUUGCGUAAUUAAAUUUCUUACAAUAUAGAGUUGGUUAAAAAUUUAAAAAAUAGUCAACCUUGUUGCAAAAUAGCAAUAAUUGCGAAAAAAAAAACCAUACAAAAACAAGUAUUCGCAUUUUACGUUUUUCAACCAUUUAUGCUACACUUAGGACCUUCAUAUUUUACCCAGAAAAACUUUAUGAUAUAGUAAAACAACACUGUAAAUUUCAUUAAAAUCGGAUCAAUAGAUUUUGCAAAAUAAAUUUUGCAAUCCAGCUUUCGCAAAAAAAAAUUCAUUUUUUUUAAAUAUUGUAGGACUAAAAAUAAAGCAGAUAGCAAGUUGAAUUUUUUUUGCUUAUAAAAGUGUACUGUACCUUUCGUUUGUAAUUUGCAAAAUUAAAAUCGAUGAAUUACCACGGCGCCAGGAAAUUUUUUAAAUAAACAUUAAUUUUUGGUGCUACGCGCAGGACAGCGGUGUUCGAUUCACACAAGUUGAUUUCCACCAAAAUUUCUUCCAAUCUUUUUCUAAUAUAUUAUUUUCUUACUCUAUAUUCUGUUGUAUUUUAAUAUUUUAAUUCCACAAAAAUCAAACUAAUUAUAUUAUUGUUUGUGAAAUAUUGUUUAAACAAUUGCAUAUGUUUAAAAAUAAUAAACUUUUAUUCUCUAAGUUAAAAUAUAUUUUUUUUGUUUAAUGUUUAUUUUGCAAUCUGUUACAUCAUAUAAUAACAAUAAGUAUACAUGUUGAUUGGUACAAUGUCGUGAGAUAGAGUUUGUCCAAUGAUCCACUCUCUGUAUGCACUUUUACAUUCUUACAUUUAUGUUAAAAAACAAUAAAAAUUUGUAACUUUACAUUAUUACAUCGAUAUUAAAAAAUGAAAUAUAAAAAUUAAGAAGUGAAAUAUUGUUUAAACAAUUGCAUAUGUUUAAAAAUAAUAAACUUUCUCUAAGUUAAAAUAUAUGAACAAAGAAAGUUUUUGCUAAAAAAAGUGUUAUUUCAACACAAACUCAAAGGAUAGAGUAUGUGGUUUUAUUUUGCAAUAAACAAAUUUAUUUAUUUAUAGCGAAAUGUAAUAAAAAUUAAAAUGUAUAAAUCAUUAUCAAAGGUCAUUGGAAUGCCCAAUCAGACCAAACUAUCCGCUGUCCUGCGCGUAGCACCAAUAAUUAAUGUCUAUUUAAAAAAAUUCCUUACGCCGUGGUAGUUAAUCGAUUUUAAUUUUGCAAAUUGAAAAUGAAAGGUAUAAUACACUUCUAUAUCCAAAAAAAAAUUCAACUUGCUAUCUGCUUUAUUUUUAGUCCUGUAACAUUUUGAAAAAAUUAUUUUUUUUGCGAAAGCUGGAUUGCAAAAUUUAUUUUGCAAAAUCUAUUGAACCGGUCUUAAUAAAAUUUACAGUAUUGUUUUACUGUAUCAUAAAGUUCUUCUGGGUAAAAUAUGAAGGUCCUAAGUGUACCAUAAAUGGUUGAAAAACGUAAAAUGCUAAUAUUUGUUUUUGUAUGGUUUUUUCGCAAUUAUUGCUAUUUUGCAACAAGGGUGACUAUUUUUUAAAUUUAUAACCAAUUCUAUAUUGUAGGAAAUUUAAUUACGCAACUUUUAUGUCAGUACAACUUUUCUCGGAAAUAAAUACUUUUAAAGUUAUAAUCAAAAAACCAAUAAAAAAAUCGAAUUUUUCUUUCAUUUUUUGACAUUUUGAUUAUUUAAACAAUAUUCCGGACCUUUUUGAGAGGGAGGAUAACUCAAAUAUUAUUAUUUGAUUUAUUUUCAAGCAAUUUCUGCAAAAAAAUUUGAGUCACCUCUCAACGUCCAAAUGUACUAAUAUUUUUACAGAUGCGCCCUGGUCUAUUAACUUUUAAAUCAAAUCAUCUCAUUAAUCCAUUUAGUUACACCAAAUGUUAAAUGUUUUAUAACAUGUAAGACAAACCAUUAGAAUAUAUUUUUUUACAAAAAAUUAUGAUAAUAAUUUAAUUUUGAUGGGAAUCUAAUAAUGAAAACUUACGAGAUACGUAGUAGUUGGUUCCCAAUUUAUGAAAGUAUACUUUGAUUUUUAAUGACAAUGUUUUAUCGAAAAUGGUUUUAUUAUUGAUUUUUAUUUAGAAUAUUUGGUUUACAAGAAGACAUGUGUCUGUUCAGUAACUAAUUGUAGCUCUGUACAGGGUACUUAGUUCAAUGUAUGUAAAAUCAGUCGAACCAAGCAUUAAUAAAUGUACGUCAUUCUCAUUUUUUGGUUAAAUCAAAAUUUUUAAAACUUUUUGUACUUAAGUGUCAUUCAAUAUGUAUAUGGCAACAAUUAGAACAGGGGAAAGAAACAACUGUGGGAGUUUCUUGUUAACACAUUCGCUACCACUCAUUUAUUAGCUACUCAGUUGUGGUGCCACCUGUACAGGGUGUCCCGAAAAGAUUGGUCAUAAAUUAUACCACAGAUUCUGGGGUCAAAAAUAGGUUGAUUGAACGUUACUUACCUAUAUACAAUAGUGCACACAAAAAAAGUUACAGCCCGUUGAAGUUAUCGAAAACUCUCAGAGAUUUUUUAUUGAAAAUGGACUUGUGGCAUUUUUGUGGCAGCAACAUCUUAAAAAAAAUAUAAGUAAAAUUUGUGCACCCCAUAAAAAUUUUAUGGGGGUUUUGUUCCCUUAAACCCCCCCCCCCCAACUUAUGUGUACGUUCCAAUUAAAUUAUUAUUGUGGCACAAUUAGUUAACACAUUAUUUUUAAAACUUUUUUGCCUCUUAGUACUUUUUCGAUAAGCCAGUGUUUAUCGAGAUAUUUUGAAUAUUUGUCAAAUCCACCACAUAUUUUUAUAUGGUUAAGUACGAUUAUAGAGACCUGUUAAUAAUCUGAAGAUUUAUUUAUAAUUUGCAUUUUUAGGUAUAUUUUGAAAAAGAAGCUACAUCUCGGAUAAAAGGUGGCUUAUGAAAAAAAGACUAAGAGGCAAAAGUUUUAAAACCACUGUGUUUAACUAGUGGUACCACAAUAAUAGUUUAAUUGUAACGUACACAAACAUUUGGGGGGUUUAAAGGAACAAAACCUCCAUAAAAUUUUUACGUAAAUGUCUUGAAAAAGAAGCCGCAUUUCAAUAAAAAGUGGUUUAUCGAAAAAAUACUGAGAGGCAAAAAAGUUUUAAAAACGUUGUGUUUAACUAAUGGUACCACAAUAAUGAAUUAAUUGGAACGUACACAAAAGUUUGGGGGGGGGGGGAGUUUAAGGGAACAAAAUCCCCAUAAAUUUUUUAUGGGGUGGACAAAUUUCACUAUAAUUUUGUUUUCAAGAUGUUCCUGCCAUAAGAAUGAUACAUGUCCAUUUUCAAUAAAAAAUCUCUAAUAGUUUUCGAUAUAUGGAAAAAAAUCGAUUUUCAUUUUGUAACUUCAAAGGGCUGUAACUUUUUUUAUGAGCACAUUUGUACUAAGAUAAGUUAGGUUCAAUCGAACUAUUUUUGACCCCAGAAUGUGUGGUAUAAUUUAUGACCAAUCUUUUCGGGACACGCUGUAUAUUCAGUUACUUUAGUAUGGAGCCAAUACGAAAAUAACCUAUUUAAUUUCACAGUUUUUUAACACAGAAAGGCGACAGUGGCACCCGACUUAAGUAUGGCAAAACGCCUUUUGGCGAAAGUAGCACCUGACUCAAGUAAGCAAAACGCAUUUUGGCGACAGUCAGUAGCGAAUGUGUUAAUCUAAAUACUGAAAUAUGCAAGGUCCGCCAAUUGCUAAAUUUAAUUUUGUUUAUAUAUUCCAAAUAUGUAAUAUGGGAUAUCUAAAAAAAAACUAAGCCAAUUGUGAAAAUGACUGAUGAUAUUAAAAAUAUCUUUGACAACAAUGUUGAAUAAAAGUGUUACAAAUUGGAAAAAUAUCAAGAUAAUAUACUAGGCUUGUUCAAUUGAAACGUAUCUUUGAUCCAGAAAAUUUUUAUCGGUAAACAUAUCAACAAAUAAUUACUGCUAUAUUUUAAGGCACAUAUUUCAUUGUUCCACCAACCGAUGUAUUUAAAGAAUUUUUGUGGCUGUAGGUCGAAGAAUUCUUUUACGGUCUUUUGUAUUUCUUCGUCCAUCUGAAAACAAUUACAUUUUAACGCCAUUUUCAGUGGUCCAAAAAUGUGAAAAUCGUAGUAGAGCAAUAAAUCGGAACUAUAGCAUGAAUAUUCUAAUAUCCUCUAUUUCUUUUGUCAUAGAUUUUUUCACUUCUUCCGCUGCAUAUAGCAUAGCAUUGCCGUGCAGAAGAAUGACAAGCUUUUCUAGGCGGUUUGGUCACAUAGCCAAACUUUAAACGUUGUUUAAAGUUUCCCUGUAAAGGUUUUCGUUAAUGUGCACUCUAGGUUCCGAAAACUCCAUGAGCAAGGGUCCUUCAUGGUUGAAAAACAUAUUAACAUGACCUUGCCCGCAGAAAGUUGAAAUUGGUAUGGCCGAACGCUGAUUUUAUUUGGACGGAUUGUUAACAACAAACGCCAUUUUGAAGUCACUAUACUUAAAAUAGUAGUCAAAUACAAAUAUGAGGACAAUAUCAGUGAGACGUGUACAAACAUAACUAACAUUUCAGAACGUCAGUUGAGUGAUCACAAUUGUUUCCAAGGCUAACCUGACCAAGAUAUGUUUUAAUUGAACAAGCUUAUAUUUCAGCGAAACACUACAUUAUAUUUUAAAUCUGUAGUCGCUGAAAAAAAUAACAUUUUGUUUGAUACUUUAUUUAGAUGCAUUUUUACGAAUGUAUUAUUUACUCAUUGUUUUUGACUGGACUACUAGGUAAUCCUUAACCCUGUAUCGGGCGAAUAUUCUAUUAUUGCUCAAAUUUGCAACAUCAAUUAUUAUAAUUCCAUCUAAUUUUGAUUUGCAGAAGUUUUAAUAUUUUCAGUCCUUUUCACGCAGAGUGAGGUUCAUUAUUGUAGUGCUGUUAUUAUUUUAGAUGAUAAAGAUUGGUGGUUAGUUAAUUUAUCAGCGGCAUUUUUCAAAGGAAAAAUCCCUAACACAAAAUGCCAUAAUUCAACAACUUUUACCAAAUCGCCCUGAAACUAUAUUACUAUAAUCCAUGUGAAAAUUAUUGAUAGCACAGUUUUUACGACGCAUGUCAUUUGUAUUGUAUGUUGCAUUGUAUUCAAAGUUUAUGACUUCGAGUACAAUUCAAUAUGCAAUACCUGCAUCGUACGGAGUAUACACAAUUCUUUCCUUAUAAUGUGAAUUCACCAUUUCUAAUGAACUGAUUGUGAGAAGUUUGCUGGUCACUUCGAUCAAUCUACUGUUCAUGUCUUAUUUUAUUCCAACGGCAGCUGAAACGCGAUUCUCAAUUAUUGAUUGUUUGAUGAUUUCGAAAGCAUAUCUAGUCAUUAGAAUAUUUAUGUUACAUUUUUGAAGUACUAACUCUAAAACAAAGAGAUAAUAUUAUUGCUUUGUUUUAAUCAAAACCAAGAGAAUAAUAAUGUACUUAUAUAUCCUUCAGAUAUAAUUGUCCUUUUAAUCAUUCCCUCACUCUUCAUUAAUAUUGCACCCAACUACAUUUGUUUCAAAUAUAACUAUAUAUUUUGUAGAUUAUCUUAUACAGCACCACACUUUGGAAUCUACAUAAUUAUAUAAAACCCCUAAAAAAUUGGGUAAUGGCGUAUUCUUGUGUACGUUGAAAAUACAGCGAUAAGUGCGCUAAUAACCGACAAAAUAAACGCAAAAGACGGAAAACGUAAUGCGUUGUGAAAUAUAAAAAGAGAUGAAACUAGUAGAGGUGGGAAAUUAUCAAUAGAAACCGAUAAAUAUAUAUUAUAUUGACAGUAGAUCCCACCUUUAGACGUAUCGGAGGAGUUCGGCAACUGCCACUAUGACAGGAGAAUUUUAUAAAAUUUGACAGUGACAGUUUGACUCUGGUACGUCUAAAGGCGGGAAACUAUCAAUAUAAUGUAAAUUUAUAGGUUUUUAUUGAUAAUUUCUCACCUCUGCUAGUUUAUUCUCUUUUUAUUUCACAACAUAUUAUCUUUUCCGUCAUUUUGCUGGUUAUUAGCUCACUCAUCACUGUAUAGUCAGUCACAUACAUACUUCUAAUUAUUGUAUCUUUUGGAGUUGCACUUUCAAGAUUUUUACUUUUUCAAUUUCAAAGGGUGGAUUAAAAGUGACAAUAACAUAUAAUACAUGACAUCACUAUAAACAGAGAAAUUUAGCAAUAUGGUGGAUUAUAUCAUAAGUUACAAAAUUAACGUUUUGCCUUUUUCCGCUGUAGUAUUGUUAAAAAGUAAUGACGUAAUAUCUAAUUACAUUAAAAACAAAACUGAUUCGUAUAUUCAGCUUAGUGUUGUUCGAAACUGGUGCCUCCAGAUAUUCUGAAAACGUUGACGUUUCAUAUUGAAUAAAUGUUAAAGGUAGUAUUUUAACCAAAUUUUUUUAACUGUUGCAAUCCCGCUUUGAAGACUACGUCAUUGUCAUAAUGAAUAUACACGUUGUUAAGUUUUGAUAUAACGAAACUAGCUCAAUUAAGUAAUAUUAAACAGUUGAAUAUUGUU